AUGGAAAAGCCACCUAUCCAAAAACCAACCGGCCUCGUAGUAGAUAACCAUGGCACUUGGAGCCGACUGCCGACAAAGAUUCGGAUCGCCCGUUCCAAUCUCAUUCCCAGACUCUGCGAGAUCAGCUUCCUCGUCAGUGAUGGUGCUUUCGCUGAACCUUUUGGAACCUUCGUUGAUAAUCAGCGGAGCCAGGGCAUCUACUCGAAUCACUGGACAAGGGCUCGAGCCGACUCUAGAGUGAAGAAACUGUGGCUGAAAACACUGGGACAAGGACUCGCCUCCCAUUUUUCUAUUGCCCGAGGAAGAGAUAAAUUUAGCCUGUCAGAUUUUCCGAAAGGCUAUCAGCUUUUUUAUCACGUUAAAAAUAAAAAUUCAUCCCAAACGCCUUACCUCUUUGGCUAUCCUACUAAGUCGAAAUUGAUACUCAAGUUUAGAACUGCGACCGAUUUUUUACCCCACCUAAUAUGGCUUGCAUCACAAGAUGAAAAGGACAGAUGCAAAUGCAAACACUGUCAAAGUCGCGGUUUCGUUGCCCCACAACCAGAGCUUGAGGUCAAAACUCUUUCUGCAGGUUCCCAAACAAUCCAAACAGCCCGUCAGAACCAUGGAAGUCAGGACGACGUCCCAGAAAUCAAUCCCAAUCCUCCCGAUUUAAGUCUACAAGAACCUGUCGGUAAUUACAGACCGCUCGAGUUGGUCUGGUGCGAGUUGGAUACCAAAAAUUUAAAAAUCCGAUUGGAUUGCAAGUAUUGGCCAGGAAUAUGCCAAAAAAAACAAGUUAAACUAGAGGCGUGUGAAGUUGUUGAGCUCUCCGCACAAGAAAACCAAUCUGAUCCGAAAAUGAUGGAGCAGAGUCAUCGGGAUAACCUCUCAACCACUUGGAAGGUGAGGAACGAAGUCCAAAAGAAACAUUACUGGUCGGUUCAAUUAGUGGGAAUAUCAGACUUGGUCAUGCGAGCCGAAUCACAAUUAUUACCUUGGUUAUAUCGCCCUUUCGAAGAAUCUGUUUGGAGUGUCGUAUCCACUGGAAAGUUGCCAGUUCCAAACUAUCUUCUAGACUCCAAUAAGCCGAUGCCAACCCUCGCCAGUCUCUCGAAUCCAGUGAUCGGCAGAUUACAUUUUCAACUUGCGAUUCAAAUCGGAGCAGAAAUCGAAGGAACAUGGGCUCCAGCUGAGGACUCCGAGGACCUGGACACCACUCUUGAAAUUUCUAGUGACAAGCAAAGUUUACCGUCAAACAACUUCUCAAUGAGUCAUCGGAUGCAAUGCAACAGCGUUUGGCUAGGGGCCGAAAGAAUAUGUAGCCAAGACCUUGUCCGGCUCAAGCUUCUAGAGAACCCCCAUCAUACUUCCCUGGACAUUGUUAGCCUUGACAUUACUAGCGACCAAAUCUUAUUUCUCCACAUCCACUUCUUUUGGAAGAGUCCACAUUCCAAAUCAGUGAUCGCGGGAGGCCGGAUCUUUGAACUGGUUCCACACAAGUCCUCGGAAGAACUUGCUAAAAAUAGUGGCUCACGACAAUCGAAGAAUUCUUGGCUGAGGCAGUGUGCGGACCUGGUACCCAAAGGCGCAACCUUAACUUCCUCGGAUCAACUGCCACCGGCUCCAAAGGGGUUCCAUUUCUCACAGAUCACGCCAGACCAUUCACUCCAUCACCUCGAGAUCAGUUGCAUCGCUGGACGAUACUAUUCCCCAAAGGCUGAUCACGACCGACUGGGGCGAUUGAGGAAUUAUUUCUCAACGAAAAAUGGACUAAGCAGUCCGACACUCAAGAGGGAUGUCAAGGAGCGUGCCAGCCUUCUCGGAAUCAGAAGCGGUCAGGAAAACUUCAUGCGAUUCAGUAAGGCAAGAGCCACCAGGGGCGAAAUGCUGCUCGAAGCUUCAAGAAAAUCGAGAAAAAAUAUGUCAUCUCAUUUCCGCCGCGUUAAACCCGCCACAAAGAAUAAAAUGGUGAAAAAUCGAGUCUAG